AAGGCUUGCUCCACGCCUGUCCUGCUGGAUUGAGGAAGUGUUGGCGGAGCAAUGUGAGGGGAGGGACUCCGCUGCUAUGCCUUCGUCUGGGGACAGGCAGCAGGUGGAGGGACGCAGGCUCAUGUCAUAGUCGCAUCUGUCCCGCCGUGCCAUGGAGAGUAGAAACAAAGAUGUACGAAACCCUACAGAGGUGCGCAUGAGUCAGAUGGUGCUCCCAUGUCACGCCAACCACCGUGGUCAGCUUAGCACUGGACAGCUGCUGAAAUGGAUAGACACGGCAGCCUGCUUGUCAGCCGAGAGGCAUGCAGGCUGCCCGUGUGUCACUGCCUCCAUGGAUGACAUCUAUCUUGAGCAUACAAUAAGUGUGGGACAUGUUGUUAACCUGAAGACAAAGGUGAACCGAGCCUUUAAUUCCAGUAUGGAGGUUGGAAUCCACGUCACUUCAGAAGACUUGUGUAAUGGAAAAGAAUGGAAAGUCUGUCAGGCAUUUGCUACUUUUGUUGCACAACCACAGGAUAAUAAAAAGGUGAAACUAAAACCGUUGACUCCACUCACUGAAGAAGAGCAUCUGGAGCACAGUAUUGCUGCUGAAAGACGACGCAUGAGAUUAGUCCAUACUGACAAUAUAAAGGACCUGCUGACUCGGAGCACCCAGCAGGAUGAAAGAAGCAGAGAAGGAGGGGUGAAUGGAGAAGUCCUUGCCCAGAAAACUCACGUGGAGAGCGUUGAACUGGUGCUGCCUCCACAUGCCAACCACCAGGGCAAUACUUUUGGUGGACAGAUAAUGGCCUGGAUGGAGAAUGUUGCAACAAUAGCUGCCAGCCGGCUUUGUCACGCACAUCCAACUUUAAAGGUAAUUGAAAUGUUCCAUUUUCGGGGACCCUCACAAGUUGGGGACCGAUUGAUCCUAAAGGCCAUUGUCAACAAUGCCUUUAAAGACAGUAUGGAGGUUGGGGUCUGCGUCGAGGCCUUUUGCCAUGAUGUGAGUGUGCCCAGAAGACACAUAAACAGCGCUUUCAUGACUUUCGUGGUCCUGGAUGAAGACAAUCACCCGUGUAUCCUUUCUCGCAUCAAACCGGAGCCGGGGGAUGGAGAAAGGCGGUAUCGAGAAGCAAUUGCUCGCAGGAAGAUUAGGCUGGACCGCAAAUAUGUCAUCUCCCUCAAACAGUCAGAGGUGCCUCUGUCAGUCCCAUGGGACCCCUGCAAUCAGGUUUACCUCAGCUACAACAAUGUGUCUGCCCUGAAAAUGUUGGUGUCUAAAGCUGACUGGGUCCUGGCUGCCGAAAUCAAUAAGGUCCGCCUGUACACCCUGGAGGACGGCUCAUUUCUAUCCUUCAAAGUUGAAAUUCUGGUGUCCAUUGAUGCAAGACAAACCUUCAACCUGCUCUCUGAUCUGACCCGUCGCAGUGAAUGGGACCAUUAUUACAAGCAAUGCCGACUCCUGCAACAAGUGAAUGAAGAUGAUGCAAUUUAUCACGUAGUUAGCACCGUGCGUAGUGCAGAUGGCAAGCUUCAAGAUUUCAUCAUCCUGGCUUCUCGGCGGCUACCCUGUGAUGUUGGAGACCCUUAUGUUAUAGCGAUUCGCUCGGUUACCCUCUCUACCUAUCCCCCCUGUGAGGAGUACACCCGGGGAGAGACUCUUUGCUCCGGAUUCUGUAUCUGGUCACAAGGACCCAUGACAAAGAUCUCCUAUUACAAUCAGUUUACCCCAGGAAUUGUCUCGCAAUUAACUACCAACAUGACCGGAUUAUCAUCAGAUUUCGCUAGCACUUAUCAAGCCUGUGAGCGAUUUCUUAUUGACAAUGUGAAGGACUCUAACCAGCCGUAAAACACGGAUCAGAUUUAUGAAAAUAGUCUAAAAGAAAACUUUCAUUUUGUGUGCUGCUCCUAAUAAUUGAAAGCUGUGCUGUGAUUGGUUGUUGUGGGCAACCAACAGUUUUUCUAUUAGAUAAUUUAGUAAUUCCGCCCCAUAAUGUAUUUGUAGACCCGUCCUUAUAUUGCGUGCAUAACAUGCCCAUCACCCAACAGACUGCACCGUAAACGUGGCCAUACACAUUAAACGAACAUUGACUGAACCCAACAAUUUCAGCGUGACCAGCCACCCAUAUAAUGUGUAUGAAGAUGUCCUCACUGUCCCCUGAUGGCAGAUAUUAGGCAUGGACUUCAACAUGCUCGAUCCUUCUGUUCUCAAGGGAGUACUUGCCAACUCUCCCUAAACAUGGAGGAGGCUCCUGGAAGAAGGGGAGACCCCUUGGACUUCCAGAAGAACAGCAAGAAGAGCUGCUUUCUCCCCGUCGCUCUGCCAUUGCUGCAGUCUCUGCUGCACUCACUCAAGCUGCAGGCUCCUCUGCUCAGGUCCCAACAGGAUGUCUCCCCUUCUCUUCCAGUUCAACUGCAUAAUAGUAAAAGGGAAGACAUCUGGUCAGGACCCCAGUGGAAGAGCCUGGAGCCUGUAUGACAAGUUAGGCUACUUUCACACUUGCGGCAGAGUGAUCCGGCAAGCCGUCGCCGGAACUGUCUGCCGGAUCCG